ACACAAAGUUUAAGAGUGCUUUACAGGGGAGACUCACUUCUUUUUGCCUCAACCUUUCCAUGCUGACGGGAUGUUACGGGCUUUGCUGCUUACACUCUCUGUAGUUGCCAUUGCUCAUGCUGAGCUCUGCAAACCAGAUGCACAGAAUGCUUUCAAAGUACGGAUUAGUAUCAAAACAGCUUUGGGAGAUAAUGCAUAUGCCUGGGAUGCUAAUGAAGAGUACCUCUUCAAAGCCAUGGUGGCUUUUGCAAUGAGAAGAUAUUCCAGCAAGAGCACAACUCAAAUUUCCAAUGUGCUGCUCUGCAAUGUGACAGACCGGGUGUCCUUUUGGUUUGUGGUCACAGAUUCUUCCAAAAAUGUGACGACUGUUCCUGGAAGUGAGGUAGAGGCAGCCAUCAGGAUGAACCGUAACAGAAUCAACAAUGCCUUCCUACUGAGUGACAAAACACUGCAGUUCCUGAAGAUAACCUCAACCUUAUCACCUCCUGUUGAACCCUCUACACCUGUCUGGCUUAUUGUAUUUGGUGUUGUUCUUUGUCUCAUUGUGGCUGGGAUCGUUUUCCUGAUUGUUUCAGGGAUUCAGAAACACAAGAAAAAGAAUAAAGAGUCAACAGAGAGAGAAAAUUUAGAAGAGAAAGUUGAAGUGACACUAGAAAAUGGGAUUCCUUGUGAAGCACUGGAUUUAAAAGCGGGCCACAUUAAUGGAGUCUUUGCAGCAGACGAUGAACGGUUCACAUCCCUAUGAAAUGCCGCUGCUCUCUGGUGGUUUUCUGAAAGACUCCUGUGCCUGCCUUUUCUCAUCACUACUCCUGAAUGUCAAACAUGAAGACAAGAAAAAUGUCCUUGCACAUAAUUUCCCUUGAGAGAACCUUUUGCUUAUAACACAUACACUCGAACCUCCAUUGCAGUUCUUUUUCAUGAGCAGUGCAAAUAAGAAGGCCUCAGAUAAUAUCCAGAAAAGAUUUCCAGACGUGUGGCAGAACAGGAUCGGAACCUGCUUUGUGCCAGGCAUCUCAUUUUUAAUGAUUAUUUAAAUAUGUCCAUUGUUUUUGUUUUUGUUUUUGUUUUUGUUUUCCUGACAUAAAUGUGAAAUUGUAUUAUUCCUGAAUGUCACUGAGGAGAUCAUCUAUCAUUGUCAACUCUUGAUGGGUUUUCUUUCAAGCCAUAUGCAAAGGUUUUUCUGUAAAAUUACUUCUGUUAGCUGCUAUGUAGUAUGCUAUGCCUUUGGAUGGAACAGUCAUCAGUGCAUGAAAGUUUUCAUUUAUUGAGAAACAAAAAAGCUUUCACAGUCUCUGUAAAACCAGGUCAAAAUACUUGGAUCAUCUAUAGCUAUGGAGCUAGAAAAAAUCUGGUACUAAGAGUGUUUUUUACUUAACUGUCAAAGUUACUGAUUAUGUGAGCUGGAAAUUAAAAGCUGCAAAACUCUGAAAUUUGUUGAAAUUAAAAGUUGCAACGAAGGGCAGGUUUUCCACAGGUGCAGUCAGUGUUUAGUGGCCCAGCUCUCAUUAAAUCAUAGAAUCACAGGCCAGCCUGGGUUGGAAGGGAUCUUAAGAUCAUCUGGUUCCAAUCCUCCUGUCAUGGGCAGGGACACCUUCCACUAGACCAAGUUACUUAGAGCCCCAUCCAGUCCAGCCUUGUGCACUUUCAGGAGUGGGACAUCCACAACUUCUCUGGGCACUCUGUUCCAGUGCCUCAACAACUUCACAGUAAAGGUUUUUCCCAAAUACCUAUCUAAACCUGCCCUCUUUCAGUUUGAGGCCAUUCCCCCUUCUGUCACUACAUGCCCUUGUAAAUAGUCUUUCACAGCUCUCUAGAAAAGUCUUGCUUACAGUUUUUAAUAAUAAAUGUAGAGUAGAUUUCCAGCAUAGCCAGCCUGCGGUCAGAUGAACCUUCAUGUUUGUGUGACAGGUGGAUAACUUCUGAAGGGAUUCAAGGUGUGAAAUACCAACUGCUGGGUUUGGUGCACCUGACCUGGAUAAGUGAUGAAAUUCUGGCUGUCUUCAGAAGCACUGGUCCACAGAAAAGGAGAGUUUUGUGUGUGGGUAACUGUAAAAACAGAAUGGAAAUGUGUUGAAGCGAAAUAUAUCUGCAGUCACCAUGCAUCUGUUUGUUCACAUCACUGGAGGCAGCAUUUGACCAUUAGCCAUCCUCUUUCCAGUGUCAUGUUUAGAGGCAAUAUUAGAAAACCUCUUUGCUUAUUAGGAUUAUUUCAUCAGACUCCUGACCAACAGGAACAGGCUUAAGCAGAGUAAAAGCUGCUCAUAAAGGACCAUCCUAGUGUCCUGAGGGGUACAAAGGUUUCUUGUUUCCCAGGGUGGAAAUCCUUCAGCCUUUUGGCUGUAUUGAGCACCUUUGACUUGUCUCAGUACUGGCUCUUAGGACUGGUGUCAGCAGAAAGGGAGGAAUGGGAAGGAGAAGGGAAAGCAGAAAGGGUGAAAGGGGAAAGCUGAGCAGGGGAAGCCCAUGGCUAGGUGAGGCAGGGGAGAGGAUGGCUAAAUGCAAAAUAAAACUAUGGUACCUCCUAAUCAUUUGCAUCAUGUAGUCUCAUUUGUCACAAUUGUCUUUGAUGUCCUGCUGGUGGGUCCCUCUGGACAAGGACUGCAUCAUCUCUGUGUUCUAGUGUGUGCUGC